AUGAAAGUUUCUCAAAUUUUGCCAUUAGCUGGUGCGGUAUCCCUCGCUUCAGGUUUUUGGAUUCCUGAUUUCCGGAACAAUCAAAAGUCAAAUUCCUACCCAGGCCAAUACAAAGGUAAAGGUGGCUAUCAAGAUGAUUGCGGGGAUAACUACAAGAAAGGUUAUAAAAGCAAAACCUACUCCAAGGUUAAGUCCCGGACUACCACUGAUUGUAUCACUUCCACCCUGCCAAAAGGGAGCACCACCAGGUACACAAAAGACGUUGUUGAUUCUACCUCCUAUACGACAGACACUGCUUAUACUACCACAGUUAUAACUGUCACCAAGUGUGAUGCCGAUUCUUGUUCUCGUACAGCAGUAACUACCGGUGUCACUAUCAUCACUGUCACUACCAAUGAUGUUGUUACUCAAUAUACUACUUAUUGCCCAUUGACAUCAACUCCAACCAUUGUUAGCUCAACUCCUUUGAGUAUUCCAUCUAGUAGUGUCUCAACUGAUACUACUGUUGCUACUACAUCAACUACUCCAUGCGAUACUGUUUCCACUGGCACUACCUACGGUACUACUUCUACUACUCCAUGCGAUACUGUUUCCACUGGCACUACCUACGGUACUACUUCUAGUUACUCAUCUAGUGUCUCAACUGGUUCUUCAUCUAGCUACUCAUCCAGUGUUCCAUCUAGCAGUGUUUCAAGCGGUACUACUUCUAGCUACUCGUCCAGUAUUCCAUUGAGCAGUGUUUUGACUGGUUCUUCAUCUAGCUACUCAUCCAGUGUCCCAACUGCUUCUUCAUCAUCCAGUGUUUCAUCUAGCAGUGUUUCAAGCGGCACUACCUACGGUACUACCUCUACUCCAUGUGAUACUAUUUCCACUGGCACUACAUCAACUACUCCAUGCGAUACUGUUUCCACUGGCACUACCUACGGUACUACUUCUAGUUACUUACCUAGUGUCUCAACUGGUUCUUCAUCCAGCUACUCAUCCAGUGUUCCAUCUAACAGUGUUUCAAGUGGCACUACUUAUGGUACUACUUCUAGUUACUCAAAUAGUACCACUUACGGUACUACUUCUAGCUACUCAUCCAGUGUUCCAUCUAGCAGUGUUUCGACUGGUUUUUCAUCCAGCUACUCGUCUAGUGUCCCAUCUAUUAGUGUUUCAAGCGGCACUACCUACGGCACUACUUCUAGUUACUCAUCUAGUGUCUCAACUGGUUCUUCAUCCAUCUACUCGUCCAGUGUUGAAUCUAGCAAUGUCUCAAGUGGAACUACAUACGGUACUACUUCUAGCUACUCAUCCAGUGUUUUAUCUAGCAGUGUCUCAAGCGGAACUACCUACGAUACUACUCCAAGUUACUCAAAUAGCACCACUUACGGUACUACUUCAAGUUACUCAUCCAGUGUUCCAUCUAGUAAUGUUUCAACUGGUUCCGCAUCAUGUAUAAUUAUGACUUUUGCUGGUGCUUCUGGAGAAACCAGUACAAGUGAAUUCUGCUUCCCACUGACUGCUACUUCUGAAGUUGAAUCCUCAACUGAGACCACCUCAUCUGCUUCAUCUUCCACUUAUUCAACCACUGAAGAGACUACACCAGUUGGAUCUACAGUUAUUGUUCCAAGUACUACUGUUAUAACAGUUACUUCAUGUUCCCAAAACAAAUGUUCUCUUUCAUCAGUUACCACUGGUGUUGUUACAAUCUCAUCUGCAAAGACAAUUUAUACUACAUACUGUCCUAUCUCCUCGAGUGUCACUAUUCCAGUUCCUAGCACAUCAACUCCAGAUACUCCAGCUACUCCAGGUACUGAAACCACUCCAGGUACUGAAACCACUCCAGGCACUCCAGGUACUGAGACUACUCCAGCUACUCCAGGUACUCCAGGUACUGAAACUACUGAGACUACUCCAGCUACUCCAGCUACCCCAGGUACUGAGACUACUCCAGCUACUCCAGGUACUCCAGGUACUGAAACUACUGAGACUACUCCAGCUACUCCAGCUACCCCAGGUACUGAAACUACUCCAGCUACUCCAGCUACCCCAGGUACUGAAACCACUCCAGCCACUCCAGCUACUCCAGGUACUCCAGGUACUGAAACCACUCCAGCCACUCCAGGUACUGAGACUACUCCAGCUACUCCAGCUACCCCAGGUACUGAAACUACUCCAGCUACUCCAGGUACUGAGACUACUCCAGCUACUCCAGGUACUCCAGGUACUGAAACUACUGAGACUACUCCAGCUACUCCAGCUACCCCAGGUACUGAAACUACUCCAGCUACUCCAGCUACUCCAGGUACUGCAACUACUCCAGGUACUCCAGGAACUCCAGGUACUGAAACUACUCCAGCUACUCCAGGUACUGAAACCACUCCAGCUACUUCAGGUACUGAAACUACACCAGCUACUCCAGGUACUGAGACUACUCCAGGAACUCCAGCUACUCCAGGUACUGAAACUACUCCAGCUACUCCAGGUACUGAGACUACUCCAGCCACUCCAGCUACUCCAGGUACUCCAGGUACUGAAACCACUCCAGCUACUCCAGGUACUGAAACUACACCAGCUACACCAGGUACUGAGACUACUCCAGGAACUCCAGGUACUCCAGGUACUGAAACCACUCCAGCUACUCCAGGUACUCCAGGUACUGAAACCACUCCAGCCACUCCAGGUACUCCAGGUACUGAAACCACUCCAGGUACUCCAGGUACUCCAGGUACUGAAACCACUCCAGCUACUUCAGGUACUGAAACUACACCAGCUACACCAGGUACUGAGACUACUCCAGGAACUCCAGCUACCCCAGGUACUGAAACUACUCCAGCUACUCCAGGUACUGAGACUACUCCAGCUACUCCAGGUACUCCAGGUACUGAAACUACUGAGACUACUCCAGCUACUCCAGCUACCCCAGGUACUGAAACUACUCCAGCUACACCAGGUACUGAGACUACUCCAGCUACUCCAGCUACACCAGGUACUGAGACUACUCCAGCUACUCCAGCUACCCCAGGUACUGAAACCACUCCAGCUACUCCAGCUACUCCAGGUACUGAAACCACUCCAGGCACUCCAGGUACUGAGACUACUCCAGCUACCCCAGGUACUGAGACUACUCCAGCUACCCCAGGUACUGAAACCACUCCAGCUGUUCCAGAAACUCCAACUACUUCAGGUACUGAAACAGUUCCUGAUGUAUGUACCGAAAUGGUUCCAAGUACUACUGUUAUAGCAGUUAGCUCAUGUUCCGAAGACAAGUGUUCCGUUUCAUCAGUUACCACUGGAUUUGUCACUGUAUCGUCUGAAAAGACUGUUUACACUACUUACUGUCCUAUUUCCUCCAGCACUACCACACCAGUUGUUCCAGAAACUUCAGGUACCCCAGGUGAAUCUCAACCAGCUACUACUACAGGUACUCCAGAUGAACACCAACCAGGUACUACUCAACCAGUUUCCGUACUUAGUACUCUGCAAGUUGUUACUGAAAGUGAUGAAUAUUCUACAGUCACUGUUCACUCAACUUCAACUGCCGGACAACAACCUGGAGCCAACCCAUCAGUUACUACAAAUGGUCCUGAAGUUGAAGCUUCUUCCAGUGUCCUUGCCAAUCCAGUUUCAUCUGUCACUACAAGCACAAUAGCAGGCUCCAAUGAGACUUCUGUACCAUCAGCUCAAUUUUCCAGUUUCGAAGGAUCUGGCUCUGCUCUUAAGAAGCCAUACUAUGGUUUAGCAGUGGCUGCAUUGAUUUACUUUAUGUGA